AUUCUGCAUCACCAUAUUGCAACUGUAGAAAAAAUGCCUCUGACCACGGCUGGAUAUCCACUCCUUAUUCACUGCAAGAACUUCCAUGUGGCUCACUUUGUUAUUGGGCAGGAACGUGACUGUCAUGAAGUGUAUACCUCAUUGCUUAAACUUUCACAACCAGACUCUGACAGGUUUCACUCUGUCUCUGGAGCGCUUGCUGCCUUGGGAAUCAGCUGAAUGAGUUAUUGGUUGGAUUUGCAUUUUAUGAAGAGAGGGAAGGAAAUUGGGAUGGUAGAGAUGGAGGGAGGAAGAAAUUACCAUUUGUCAGACACAGCCUGAAGCUUUUGUUGGGCUGACAGUAAUAUUCAAGACAUCUAUCAAGUUUUCCGUGUGGCUCAGAACUCACUGUUGAACGAUGAACUUCCAGCGAAACCUGAAGAACUUUACGCUUUCUCUUAUAAUCCUAAAAUGUCUAAAGAGAACCGGGAGACUGGAUGGAAACUGAUUGAUUUAAAAGUGGAUUACCAGCGUAUGGGAAUUCCAAAUGACUAUUGGGAAAUAACGGAUGUUAAUAAAGACUAUGAGAUUUGCAACACAUAUCCUCCAGAAAUAGUGGUGCCUAGAGCUGCUAAUAAGGCAGUGGUGAUUGGAAGCUCAAGGUUCAGAAGCAGAGGGCGGAUUCCGGUGCUUUCGUACUUGUAUAAGGAAAACAAUGCUGCCAUAUGUCGUUGUAGCCAGCCUCUCUCCGGGUUCAGUGCACGCUGUCUGGAGGAUGAACAAAUGCUGCAGGCGAUCAGAGAAGCCAACCCUGGGAGCCCCUUCAUGUGGCUUUAUUUCAUCUGUGCAUGUAUGUCUGUGAAAAGCUUUGGAAUUCUCUUACUAUUUCUAUACCACCAUUUAAAUGCCAUGGCCAACCGAGCUGCUGGGAAGGGUUAUGAGAAUGAAGAUAACUAUGAUAACAUUCGCUUUAAAUUUAUUGGUAUAGAAAACAUCCACGUGAUGCGGAACAGCUUGCAGAAACUCCUGGAAGUGUGUGAAAUGAAGUCCCCCUCAAUGAGCGAUUUCCUCACUGGGCUGGAGAACUCAGGUUGGUUACGGCACAUUAAGGCUGUGAUGGAUGCAGGUGUCUUUCUUGCCAAGGCUGUGAAAGAUGAAAAAGCUAGUGUGUUAGUCCACUGCUCUGAUGGGUGGGAUCGCACAGCGCAGGUCUGCUCCCUGGCUAGCCUCCUCUUAGAUCCAUUUUAUAGGACUUUUAAAGGCUUCAUGGUUCUAAUAGAAAAGGAGUGGAUUGCAAUGGGCCACAAAUUCUCACACAGGUGUGGCCAUUUGGAUGGUGACCCCAAAGAAGUAUCCCCUGUCUUCACUCAGUUCGUUGAAUGUGUCUGGCAGCUCAUGCAGCAGUUCCCGUGCACAUUUGAGUUCAGUGAGCGUUUUCUUCUUGAAAUCCAUGACCAUGUCUACUCCUGCCAGUUUGGCAACUUCCUUGGGAUCUGUCAUAAGGAGCGUGAGGAUCUGAAAAUCUUUGAGAAGACCCAUUCUCUGUGGCCUUUCCUCUUACAGAAGAAGCAAGAAUUGAGAAAUCCUUUGUACAGAGGAUUUACAGCAUACAAAGAGCUUCAACCAAACACACUACCUUUCAGUUUCCAGUUUUGGUGUGGGAUGUAUAAUCGCUUUGACAAAGGAAUGCAUCCAAAACAGCGUGUAUUGGAUCAUCUGCUAAGCUGCAUGAGCCAAAAGAUGAAACUGGAGGACAAUGCAUCUGAACUGGAAAAUAAACUUCCUUUCCUUGACGGUCCUUUGCCCAGUGAAGCUUGCUCCUUCUCUAAAGUAGGACGUGCUGCUUCAAAAACACCAAUGCUCAACACUCCUCAGGAUUAUGAAGGGGAACCACCUCCUGUGUUGAGCAAUGGUGCCUCAGCAGGGGAUAUAGAUGUUGUGUCAGAUGUGGACCAAAAGCACAAAGAGAACCUGUCUCCUCACCAGGACCUCCAUGAUCUUAAUGACACCGUUAACAUGUUAAACGCCGAAGCUAAGGAUGGAAAGCCUCAGCACCAUUGAUCAGCUCUGAGAACUGUGUUCAGUGAAGCAGGCGCUUGUGGUGGUGAGGCAUAAGGGAGCUGUGCCUCCGUGAGGGUGUAGACCACCUAACCAUUUACAGCUAAGUGUGAGUACGUAUGUUUGCAGGGAGCUGUGCUCGCUGUAGAGAAGAUGGUCCCUGUUUGGUUUGGUUCGCAUCGUUUUGCAGUUCAAAUGAUGAAGAUGUGUACAGAGCUGCCCAGAAGGCUACCUUGAGUUAGUGUAAACCUUAUUUUUCAGUGAAAACACAAUGUGUGUUUAAGGUUUAUGACUGCCUGCUAGGACUGGUAUUUCAAGCUGAAAGAAAUCUUGGCCAAUUAACAUGGGGCUUAGGAGUUGUGCAGUGUUUAUAACUGGAGUAGGAAAGACGCAAUCCAUUUGUUCUCAGUGGUGGUGCAAGGUCAUCUUAAAAUGAUUAAAAAAUUCAGUUCAUCUUAAAAUGAUAAAAAAAAAAACCCAACCCCAAACUUUUCUUAGCUGUGAAUGAAGCUCUGCAUGGACCCUCACCUUGUGGCAGAACUGAUUCAUUUUUUGUUUCCUAUGCAUAUUUGUUAAACAAAACCAAACCCCCCUGUGCCUUUUUAUGGAGACCGUUUUAAUGUCUAGCCACACAACGUACUAUUUUUAUUAUUGUAGUGUAGAGUGUAGUAUUUGGUCGUCUUUGUAGUCAGUAUUUUUAAACAAGGUUUUUUAUCUGCUGCCGGCUUCUCCAGGAUCUUUGCUGAUCCCCUGAGUUUAGUAGCUUCUUUCUAAGCCGACCUUUCAAAGAAUAAGCUUUUAUGGACCUCAUUUCCUGAUUGUCAGAGUGCAGCAAGCCACAAAGACAGCCUGUAACACGUGAGUUUUUGACAGAGGGAAGAUUAGAAAUGAGAAAAGAUAGGAAAAAAAUUAUAUGGUAUUUUUCUCUUUUGUUUUGUUUUAUGAUCUUGGUUAAAUUGAAGCAAGAGAGUAACUCUUUGUUCUAAGCUGGAAUUGAUGUGCUUUCCUCACAUCCAUCGAUGAGGCAAUAAUUACAGAUUAGGUGUGUUCUGUUAUUGAAAUGGGGCCUAAAAUGAUUACUUCACAUCACACGCUGAGUGAUUAUAGUGAAUGUUAUCUUGGAUGUUAAAAUUACAUGAAGCGUAGAGAUGUUUUGUCUGUACUGUCAAGAUGGGGUGAGAUAAACAAUAUCUCUCAUGGCAAUGAACUUUCUAAUUUUGUGAAGCUGGUGACAAAACGUAAAUUGGGAUGUGACCCCUUAUUGGAACAAGAAGUGGACAUCUUUGCUCGUGGCUGUGGCUCCAGCUUGGACUCACUCCAGUGCUUGUUAACACUACUUGGUUUCUUUAAACUGCAGUAAUUUCAGCUGGAGAUACUAGUUCAAAGUUGCAGGUUUACAACAGAGAUGUAUAUUCCAUUUAUACAGAAGUCUUGUGAAGAAACAAGGGCUUGUCUCCCCAGGGAAAUGGAUGGCCCAGGAAAGCUGUUCUACAGUACUUGUUCCAGACAAGCUUCUAUAGAUGUGCUUAAUUGCACAGAGAGUCUCUUUGUGCAGCUUAAUUUAAGAUGCUUUUCUGCUUUCUUUUGGAUCCCGUUGUUUAAAUUAAUGCAGCCAUUAGGUCUUUAAAUCAGUUUUUCUCUUUUAUAAAAACUUGAAACAAACUGAACAUAUUUUCUAAGUUAGUCCUCCCAAUUUACAAUAAAAAGUAGGAACAUUCCAUUAUAGCAUCAUAAAAUGCAGUAGCCAUUGUUCAUAUGCUUAUAACGUAUGGUGGAAUGACUAGGUUAGUUUCAGUGUUCAAGAUAAAGUAGAAAAUGAAAAAAAAAAAAAACCAAACUCCCCUGAGUGUCUCACUUUGGGUAAGAAAAUAUAUAUUUUAUUAAGCAUAUCAAAAGACCCAAGGAGAAAGAGCAAUACCUGAGAACACAGAGUUUCUUCAGUGCCUAGAAUGGCAAGAGAAACUUUUUUAAGUGUUGCAGGUAUUUCAGUCUUAAAGCAAGUAAUAUAGUUGUUUUCAAGGUAGGAGUGAGAAAACUACAAUGUGUGACUGAUUUAAAAACUUAAGCAUAUAAAAUACUGAAGCAGAUAGGCUUAAGCAGAAGAUGGUCAAAAUUUGUUGUGUGGGUACAUAUAAAAAAUACUGCAUCAUCCAACAGCUACAUAUUUUAUUUUGAAGGAUGCACAUUUCUGAAUGCAUCUUUUUUUAAUCUCAAGUAUCUGCUGUUGAGUCUCUUUGCUCCUAACAAGAGAUCUGCUAAACUCCUAACAUUAAGUUAGUCUACCAGCCUUUUAGCUUUGCUGUAUCCACGUACUCCUCAAGCAAAGAGAUUGCACCCUGAGUCUUAAUCUGGCUGCUCUAGAUACCCAGGGUCUGGAAUCUGCUGUAGGUUUCCACUGGAGGGUGUUUGGGAGAUUAUUUCCCUUUGCCUCUUUGUAGUGUAAAAGCUCAAUUUCACACGUGCACUUUGCAGUUUGGAGCCCGUUUCAUAUGGACUGAUAGGUCAACCUUGUCUUUUCUUUGGAGGUGGUAGAAGAGUGUAGUGGAUAGUAUGCAUGGCUUCUUAAAUAGAUAACUCCAAAAUGGUAAAUGAGACCAAGACCGGCACUUUUUAGGACCAGUUAUUGUAGAUGUCAUUGUUUCUUUUAAUGUGUUCUCUAGUGAAAAUUAGAGAUACAGAACUGUAGACAAUUUUGACUGACUACUUGAGGGAUUUAGGCAUGCCAUUGGUUAAUCAUUGAAUAAAAACAUUUUGCAGAAGGUUUCUAUAAAUGUUUACACAUUGCCUUGUCUUCUGAAUUACCAUAGAUUACCUUGAAAAAAGUAUAAUAAUCUUUGCUUAUCCCUAAAACGUGACGCUGACAUCUCUACAAAUCCUUCUUGACUACAAUAUUACUACAGGUGCAUAUAACCAUGAAAAGAUUACUUCACACACUGAAAGUUUUAGUAAGCUUUUAGUAAUCUUGCUGCUUUUGACUUCGGUAACAAAACAAUGGAUGACUUUAUACUUUGAAAUGCAAAACCUAGCCAAAAAAAAAAGUAAUGGUCUGUCUUUUUAAACCUCUUGGAUUUGAUAUAUACAAACCUGGUCAAAGUCUACAACGUACUAAAAAUCAUUCAUGCUGGUGCUGUAAAUGUACAGAGCUGGAAAAGAUUCCAGGGUUUCCGGGCUUUCCAUGAGAUUAUUUGUUUGAAAACUGAUUAGCUAGAAGCUUUGUAGUUUUGAUGGUAACUCUUGGGUGUUUCAAGACCAAAAAUGAAAAGCUGUUCAAAGCACUGCAGUGUGUCCUCAGGUCUCUGAUCAGCUAGGAUUGGCUUCCCAGAGCCUUGCAGAAAGCCUGUGUUCACUCGUUGCGGAGUGUCCUGCUGACAGUGGUGAGCGACUUGAUUAUAUGUUCCCUAAAAGUGUUGAAGGAAAUCUAAAAGCUGUUACGUUGGAAUCUUCUUAUGUAAGCACUGUGUAGGUGAAAAGUUACUAUAACUUAUUUAUUCCUAGUGAAGCAUCCAUGCAUCGUGAAGUCACGAAUGCUGGGUUUUUUUGUUUGGAGCUGUUAAGUGAGCAAUGCAACUUGCUGCUUUCCGUUUGGACUCCUCUGACUGGGAGAACUGGGUUGGAGGAGGGAUCCUAUUUGCUGCAGAUGGGCUCUGUUUGUGUAAAACUUUCUUUUCUGGAGUACCUCUUGCUUUACCAAGAUACUCCAUGGUAUUGUGGUUUCAUGCCUGUACAUAGUGUCUCUCUUGCUACAAAUAGGUAUAGCAUUGCGAUGCGCAAGUGCCUGUAAUAUUCUGCGUUAAAGCUACUACUUUGAAGUAGAAGAGGGACUCGCGUAGCUUUAUUUCUUGGUUGCAAAGUCUUAAUGUGAACUUCACAAUGCUGGAUUCUUAAAUUGUAUUUCGUUUUGCAGUUGUCGCCUGUGGUAGAGAAAAUCCAAUUGGUGCUGUUUGCUUUACAGAAAAAAAGGGAAUAAUUGGUUUGCCCACAGAUGUUGUAGUUCUCAAUUGGCCCUCUUUCAUGGGAGAGAAAAAGCAGUUUGUUAAAGCCUAUAGGCAUAACAUACCUCUAGCUGCAUGUUCUGUUCCUGCUCUUAGUAAAUGCCUUUCAAUUAAGUGUUAAGGAGUAAAAUGCACCUGCUGUGUUCACUGGUACAUAAAGCUACCCUGGAUAGGAUGGGGAAGGAGGCUUGCUUGUAGGUAGCUGGUAAGCUUCAGUUUGCUUCAGUAAGCUUCUGAAGUCCUGGUGAGAGAGAUUUGCUGGGAGCUGAAUGUGCGCAGAGCUUCACAGGAUCUCUGCCUCGAGUUAGACCUUGUUGGGUUACAGGUGGAAAUCUCCAUGUGGGUAAAGUGCCCCAUGUCUGCUGCUUCCAUCACGUUUGGAGAUGGUGAGCCAUAAUAGGUCUCAGAAAGCACCCUUGCAUCUAACAAAGCUGUAGCACCUGCAAGGAAAGCAUUUAAAAGACCUCUUGUGCCAGAUGCUGCUUCGGUUCACUUUCUGGCAAAACUGGUCUUUGGGUAGCUUCAGUGCCUGACGGUUGCUCCCCCAAAGGGACCAGUUCUUGGCACUGCUUAGUAAUGAAUAUUCGCGAGUGACCAGGAGAAUUCAAAAUGUCUGCUGUUUUGCUCUUCUCCCCUUCCCCACCACUCUGCGUUGAGUGCUGCGGUCAUUUUUGUACGGACCUAACACAGCUAUUCCUUGUUUACAUACUGUCCUUCUGGCACAUAUAGGCACUUCGUGUGCCUCAGAGCGGAGUGGGGGGAAGAAUCUGUUCUGAAUGUAGUAGUUUUGUUUUAAUUAAUACACAGCACUUAAUUAGAUGAGGAAUGUCUCGAACCAGGUGAUGUUAAAGUCCAUGUUUUCGUAAGCAUCUUUAGCACUAGGAGCAGCCAGGUCGGUGCCAAUUGCAGUCGGUGUAAUUUGUUAGGGCAAGUAUUUUAACGUACAGCGCUGCGUCCUUUUGGCAUCUCUGAACUACAAAAGCAAUGCAGAAAGAGGGUAGGUUAGAACGGCUGACCUAUAUCUCUUCUCAUAUCAUUUAUCUAUGUAUAUGCGUCUGUAUUUAUGUAGCAGCAUACUACUGGAAUAACUUGUAGCACUGGAUCUAGUCAUAUGUAACUGAGCACACAUGUACUUUUCCUAUCGUCCACAAACUGAUCUUUGUAGGAACGUACCUAAAAUUGUGUGUAGUACUCAGCUGAAAAUUGUAAAUGUUUUUGCUCUUUCUGUAAGUCAGUCGCUAUUUUUGUCGGUGUAACUGUUGAGGGACAGUUGUAUAAAAUUGUGGAUGAUGAAAUCCCAUAUUCUUGAAUGUGCUGCGAUGGCUGUAUACAUGUAAGUCAUUUUAGUUAAUGCACUGCUUAAAAAUUGUACCAUGUUUAGAGGAGCACUGUGUCUUUUUUUCUCUAAAUAUAUUUGUUCCAUGAAGUUUCACUUGUAUUACAGUUUAUUUUUAUUCCCUACAAAAAUAAAUACCUUGCCUUUUUAAAGUAAA